AUGUCUGACACUGAGGAAGUGUAUGAAGAAGAGGAAGCCCAGGAGGAGGUAGUAGAAGUAGAAGUAGCCCCUGAGGCGGAGGCCCAGGUAGAAGCAGAAGCAGAGGUAGAGCCUGAACCAGAACCAGAGCCAGAGGUGGUGCAGCAGGUGGUUCAUGAGGAGGAAGAGGCCUAUGAAGAAGAAGGGGAGGAGGGAGAUCAAGAUGAAGAGAAGCCAAAGUUUAAGCCCACUGCUCCAAAGAUCCCAGAUGGCGAGAAAGUGGAUUUUGAUGAUAUCCAAAAGAAACGUCAAAACAAAGAUCUAGUAGAGCUGCAGUCACUGAUCGAUGCUCACUUUGAGUGCAGGAAGAAGGAAGAAGAGGAACUCAUUGCUCUCAAGGAGAGAAUUGAGAAGCGUCGUGCUGAGCGAGCUGAGCAGCAGAGGAUUCGCGCUGAGCAAGAUAAAGAGCGGCAGGCCAGGCGGGAGGCUGAGCGGAUGAGAAAGGAGGAGGCCGACGCUCAGAGAAAGGCUGAUGAUGAUGCCAAGAAGAAGAUAGCACUGACAAACAUGGGAUCGGGCUUAAGCAGCCACCUGCAGAGGAUUGAACAGAGAAGAGGCAAGAAGCAGACUGAAAGAGAAAAGAAGAAGAAGGUUCUUGCAGAGAGAUGCAAACCCCUGAACAUCGAUAAUCUCAGCGAUGACAAGCUGAGGGAAAAGGCGAAAGAGCUGUGGGAAUGGCUGCACAACCUCGAGGCAAUAAAAUAUGACCACUGUGAGAAGCUUAAGAGGCAAAGAUAUGAGGUUGUUUCUCUCAGGAACCGUAUUGAUGAACUGCAGAAACACAGCAAGAAGGGAGCCGCAUCACGCCGCAGGAAGUGA